AGGGGGGGAAAUGAAAAGAACAAAACAACAAAAUAGGCCCAUCCAUCCAUGUCAUUCAGAUCUCUAAAUUCAAAUUCACUUCAUUAGUGGAGAAAACCGAGUCACUGAGAAGCAGCUUUCAUGGCUUCAGCGAGUGCUCCAAAUCACAUACUCUGGAGUUCUUGCUACAAACGCUGUUUUGUUGUUUGGGUCGAUGUAUGCAUGCUGCUCCUUAGAUCUCCGUUGUUAUUUCUUGAAGACAUUUUUACCGAUCGUUUUAGUAUGGGAUUCUACGGCAUACCCAAGUGAGAAAGUAAAGUGAGGACUGACUUUGUUUCUUCAUUUCAACUAGAGAGAUCCAACUUGUACAAAAAAAAUGUUGUGUGCUUGUUCUGGAGAGCAAUUCAAAUUCGAAGAGGCACUGCCGCAGUCUCCGGAGUCUCUGGCCACCAGGGAUUUCUCAGUGAGUGGCCUAUCAUCAUCAAGGACUGGAGAUUGGGAGUCCAAAGCUGAGGAUGUUCAAGUGGAUGAAGCUGAAUCCACUCUCAAGGAAGCUCUAUCUUUGAAUUAUGAGGAAGCCAGGGCUUUGUUGGGGAGGCUGGAGUUCCAAAGAGGGAACUUCGAUGCUGCCCUUCAAGUAUUUCAAGGGAUCGACAUUAGAGGUUUGACCUCCAGAAUGAUCAAGGCUAUCUCUGAGAGAACUCGUCCACGAAAACUGCGUUCCAAGGGCGACAUUGUGCCUCCUGGAGUAAUGUCACUGCAUUCAGUGAGUCUACUUCUUGAAGCAAUCUUACUCAAAGCGAAAUCAUUAGAGGAGCUUGGGCACUGUAGGGAGGCUGCAAAGGAGUGCACAAUAAUUAUCGACGUAGUCGAGUCAGCCCUACCCAAUGGUAUGCCCGGUGGAAUUGUUCAAGACUGUAAGUUGCAAGAGAUAUUCCACAAAGCAUUAGACUUGCUACCCUAUUUGUGGAUACGUGCUUGCUUGCUCAAUGAAGCAAUUUCUGCAUAUCGCAGAGCUCUAGUCAAGCAAUGGAAUCUGGAUCCACAGAGGUUGGCUAGUGUACAAAAAGACUUGGCUGCCUUGUUACUCUAUGGUGGUGUCGAAGCUAGCUUUCCCCGGCACUUGCAGGGUUGGGGUCCAAAUAUCCCAAAAAGUAAUACAGAAGAAGCAAUCCUUUUGUUGUUAGUACUCAUGGAAAAGGUUGCUUAUGCAGAAAUAAAGUGGGAUGAAGAAAUCAUGAAUCAUCUGACUUAUGCACUGUCAAUUUCCGGGCAGUUUGAAUUGCUGGCUGAUCUUGUGGAGCAAGCCCUUCCUGCUAUUUAUCGCCGAGCUGAGAGGUGGUACCUUCUUGCACUUUGUUACAGCGCGGCUAGCCAGAAUGAAGUAGCCUUGAACCUGUUGAAGAAAGUUUCAGGUUCUUCGGAAGCAAAGCACAAGGUCCAUAUCCCUUCUCUUUUAUUGGGAGCAAAGUUGUAUGCCCAAGACCCUAAUCAUGCUCAUCAAGGCAUCAUCUUUGCUCGUAAAGUGAUAGAUGCGACCAAUUGUCAGCAUAGGCAUUUCGCAGGUUCGGCCCACAAAUUUCUUGGUGUUUGUUACGGGAAUGCAGCAAGGAUGACUAUACUGGAUUCUGAAAGGGUUUUCUUCCAAAACGAGUCUUUGAACAUGCUAAACCAUGCUGCUCUGAACAGUAAGGAGGAUCCAGAGGUCAUGUUUAGCCUUGCGCUGGAAAAUGCGUUGCAAAGGAAUCUUGAAGUAGCUUUUGAUAAUGCAUUAAUGUAUUCUCGUUCCAUGUCUGGGAACUCAGAAAGAGGUUGGAAAUUAUUAGCACUUGUACUUUCUGCGGAGCAGCGAUACAAGGAUGCUGACAACAUAACUGAGUUUGCUUUGGAGGAGGUGGGUAGGAUGGACCAGUUAGAACUUCUCAGAUUGAAAGCUGUGCUUCAAAUUGCUCAGGAGCAGCCCAAGCAAGCAAUGGAAACCUACAAAAUCUUGCUUACACAGAUUCAUGCAGAGCGCGAUUUUCAAGCAAAGAACUCUCAUCAAGCAGCUAUGUUUGAAUGUGAGGCACUAGCAGAAAGAAACUUAGAAUUGGCAGCAUGGCAGGAUUUGGCAACUAUUUAUAUAAAACUAGGUAUAUUCCCUGAAGCAGAAAUUUGUGUCCACAAAGCGAAGUUGAUGGAGUUUUUUUCUGCCAGAAGCUGGCACACAGCAGGUUUGUUGUUUGAAGCACAAUCACUACAUAAAGAAGCUCUUGUUUCUUUAUCAGUCUCAUUGUCCAUAGAACCAGACUACGUUCCUAGUAUUGUUUCGACCGCUGAAGUAUUGAUGAAACUGGGUAGCCAGACAUUUCCAAUUGCGAGAAGUUUUCUAAUGAACGCAUUACGAUUGGAACCCACAAACCAUGAAGCAUGGAUGAACCUUGGAUUGAUAGCAAAAACAGAAGGCUUGCUAGAUCAAGCAGCAGAAUUUUUCCAAGCUGCAUAUGAGCUCAAGCAGUCGGCUCCUGUCCAGAACUUUGUGUGACAAUUGCACUCCAAUUUUCUUAAGAUGACAACUAGAAUAAGAUCUCCUUGGAUUUUCUUGGUAUCAAUUACCCAUGAAGUCAGGCAUCAGAGGAAGAAGGGAGAACCACAUCCAAAAUUCAGUAGUGUUCAUUCCACUCACCAUUGUUUUGCAUUGGUUACUAAAGUGUACAGCAACCGUCCCUUCUCUAAAGCUUUGAGUUAAUCCUGUUAGUUUAAAAAAAUGUUGUUAACCUCCUAUGAAUCACUGGAUCAGUUGACCAACGAAAGACUGAAUUGUCUUGGAUUUUGUCGAAACCUGAGAAUGCUGAAUUAACAUUGUAUAUGAAUUUAUGUGCUGAAAUCGCAGCAGAUUACUUUGUUCC